UCUCUCUCUCUCUCUAAAUUCUUGGUUCAACAAAAAUGGCGGCCAUGAUCACACGCAGAUUCAGCUCCAAGCUUUCAAGACUCUCUCAUCCUCACUCAUCACUGUCUGCUUCCUCCACCUACCUCACCGCCCAAAAGCUCCAAAACCCUGAAACCCCUAACUGCUUCACUCACUCCUCCAAUUCCACUUUCUCCCCAAAUCCUUUCAAAUCUUCAUCAAACCCCACCAUCACUAUCGAGCGCUACAUAAAAUCAUCAAAUCCAAAACCCAUAAACCCUAAUCUCAUUUGGGUACCCAAUUCAAAUUCCAUUACUCAAAACCCUGAAUUCAAAAAAACAAAUCUUGGUCUUGCUUUUACGCAAUCGUGUCCAAGUUUCAGUACCAAUUUGUACAACCCUAGGUUUAAUGGGUUAUCAGAUCAAAAGCCCAGAUUUUUUUCAACCUCCUCUAGUUCAUCGCCAUCGGAUUCAGAAUCUGAAAAACCCCAAAACCCUAGUGAAUACCCUAGUCAAAACCCUAAUUUCAAGCACCAAGAAAUCGAAGGACCGACGGUGGAGCGAGACCUUUCGACAUUGGCCAAUGAGACCAGAGAUGUUCUGGAAUCGAUGGCGAAAAACAUGUAUAGUCUGAGCAGGGCAUUGGCUCUUCUGGGUUUGGCCCAACUCGGCGUCGGAGCUUGGAUUUCGUACAUUACCAAAUCGACCCCACUGCCGGAAGUUUCAGUUCAGAGCAUUCUGGCUUUCGGGUUGCCGUUUACAUUGGCGUUCAUGUUGAGGCAGUGUUUGAAGCCAAUCUACUUCUUUAAGAAGAUGGAGGAGCAAGGCAGGCUGCAGAUUCUGACUCUCACUCUUCAGAUUGCUAAGAAUUUGAAUGUGUUCUUCGUUCGGGUUCGCGGCGUUUCGUUCUUGUGCAUUGCCGGUUUGUCCGUUGGAGUCUUGUUUGCUGCCCUCACAAGAUGAAGGAUGAGUGAUUAAGAUUAACUCUGUUUUAAGUAUUGUUUUUCAUGAAUUUUGGAAGUUCCAUACUUCCCUAUUACUAAGUUAUCAGUUGAACCUUUUGCAAUGUUGGAAGUUCUUGUUACAUGUAGCAAUUCUAUGGUUUAGUAGACUCUGAAUUUGGAUCACAUUCAAGUAAUGAAAUGAUGAUUGCGUUUA